AUGGAGCCUACUCCCGAUGGCGUGUCCAAGAUCGCCUUUGCGUCUGUCUGGCACCCCAAUGGCCGCCAUGAAAUGCUGCCAAUCGGUCCCAAGAGCCGGGCUUCCGACAUUAGCGUCAGCCCCCGAACAGGCUUGAAGUACUUCAAUACUUUCUUCUUGGAUUUGCCGUGUUGA